AGCGGCGCAGAUAGAGGUGAGCGCGAGCGCUUCCGGGUGGCGGCUGUAAGCUGGGUGUCCCCGCAUUCAGAGGUCGCUCAUUGAUUCUCGGCUCGGAGGAGGGUCGUUCCGACUGCACAGCUCCUCCUUGUGUCUCCGAUGGCGAGUCUUCUGCGUGUGGUAGCCACCAGCUGUUCCAGCCCCCUGUUCUCCGGGCUGGCCUGUGCUAAGAGUGUCCGGACGGUGAAAACACCAUGUGUGUGGUUCUUUAGGACCCAUCAAGCCCUCUCUCGCCUCGCAAGUCCAGGCAUUCCAUACAAACAGCUAACUGUCGGCAUUCCCAAGGAAAUCUUUCAGAAUGAGCGUCGCGUGGCCAUCUCUCCAGCUGGAGUGGAAGCUCUCAUCAAGCAGGGCUUUAAUGUGGUGGUGGAGUCUGGCGCUGGAGAAUCUGCCAAGUUCUCCGAUGACAUGUAUACAAAGGCAGGAGCCACCAUCAGGGACGUCAAAGAUGUCUUUGCAUCUGAUGUUCUGCUUAAGGUGCGUGCCCCCAUGUUGAACUCCGCUCUGGGAGUUCAUGAGGCUGACCUCAUGAGUGAAGGAGCCACCCUCGUCAGUUUCAUCUAUCCUGCUCAGAACCCUGAGCUGAUGGACCAGUUGUCCCAACGCAAAGCCACCGUCCUGGCCAUGGACCAGGUGCCCCGUGUUACUAUUGCUCAGGGUUAUGACGCCCUCAGCUCCAUGGCCAACAUUGCUGGCUAUAAAGCCGUGGUCCUGGCAGCCAACAACUUUGGCCGCUUCUUUACUGGUCAGAUCACAGCCGCGGGGAAGGUUCCUCCUGCUAAGGUGUUGAUAAUUGGAGGUGGAGUGGCUGGGUUGGCCGCUGCUGGCUCUGCCCGUGCUAUGGGUGCCAUUGUCAGGGGAUUUGACACCAGAGCCGCUGCACUGGAGCAGUUCAAGUCCCUGGGUGCCGAACCCCUGGAGGUGGAUAUGAAGGAGUCAGGAGAAGGCCAGGGCGGUUACGCUAAGGAGAUGUCCAAAGAGUUUAUCGAGGCAGAGAUGAAGCUGUUUGCCAAGCAGUGUUUGGAUGUUGACAUCAUUAUCACUACUGCGCUUAUUCCCGGUCGGAAGGCCCCUGUGCUGAUUACUAAGGAAAUGGUGGAGACCAUGAAAGAUGGUUCAGUGGUGGUAGACCUGGCUGCAGAAGCUGGGGGCAACAUCGAGACCACGGUUCCUGGAGAACUCUCCGUUCACAAAGGUGUGAUCCACGUUGGCUAUUCUGAUCUUCCCAGUCGCCUCCCGACUCAGGCCAGCACAUUAUACUCUAACAACAUCAUCAAACUCAUCCGAGCCAUCAGCCCGGACAAGGAAGUUUUUCACUUUGACAUCAAAAACGAGUUUGAUUACGGCACAAUGGACCAUGUCAUCCGCGGUUCAAUCGUUAUGCAGGACGGAAAAGUGCUUUUCCCUGCACCACAGCCUAACAGCGUUCCAGUGGCGGCACCUCCAAAACAAAAGACAAUCCAGGAGCUGGCGAAGGAAAAGGCAGCUUCCAUCUCACCCUUCAGAGCCACUCUGAACACGGCUGGGAUGUACACCGGAGGUCUGGCUUCAGCCAUCGGUCUUGGGAUAUGUGCUCCCAAUGCUGCUUUCCCUCAGAUGGUUACAACCUUUGGCCUGGCGGGAAUCGUGGGAUACCACACCGUAUGGGGCGUCACUCCUGCUCUUCACUCCCCGCUUAUGUCUGUCACAAAUGCUAUUUCUGGUUUGACUGCUGUUGGUGGCCUCUCCCUCAUGGGUGGUGGAUUUCUCCCUAGCAGCACAGCCGAGACCCUGGCCGUACUGGCUGCUUUCAUCUCCUCUGUCAACAUCGCUGGUGGUUUCUCGGUUACUCAGAAGAUGUUGGACAUGUUCAAGCGGCCCACUGAUCCUCCAGAGUACAACUACUUGUAUCUUCUUCCUGUUGGUUUGUUUGUUGGAGGUUAUGGGGUGGCUCUUCAAAGCGGCUACAACAUUGAACAGAUGAUGUACUUGGGCUCUGGCUUGUGCUGCGUGGGGGCUCUGGGGGGUCUGUCCACCCAGUCCACGGCCCGUCUCGGUAACACCCUGGGCAUGAUCGGAGUGGCCGGUGGCAUUGUCGCAACUUUCGGAGCACUAAAACCUUCCCCUGAGCUCAUGGCACAGAUGAGUGCAGCCAUGGCGGUGGGUGGCACUGCUGGUUUGACCAUUGCCAAGAAGAUCCAGAUCUCGGACCUGCCGCAGCUUGUCGCCGCUUUCCACAGUCUGGUGGGUUUGGCGGCCGUGCUCACCUGCGUGGCAGAGUACAUGGUGGAGUAUCCCCACUUUGCAACCGACCCUGCGGCCAACCUCACCAAGAUCGUGGCCUACCUGGGGACCUACAUCGGUGGAGUCACCUUCAGCGGAUCUCUGGUGGCUUAUGGCAAACUUCAAGGUCUCCUAAACUCAGCUCCCCUUAUGCUUCCUGGUCGUCAUGCGCUGAACGCCACCCUCAUGGCAGCCAGUGUGGGCGGCAUGAUCCCCUACAUGCUGGAUCCCAGCUAUACCACUGGCCUGACCUGCCUGGGCUCCGUGUCUGCACUCUCUGCCGUCAUGGGCCUGACCCUGACAGCCGCCAUCGGAGGGGCUGACAUGCCCGUGGUGAUCACAGUGCUAAACAGCUAUUCCGGCUGGGCCCUGUGCGCUGAAGGCUUCCUGCUCAAUAACAACUUGUUGACCAUUGUGGGUGCUCUCAUUGGCUCUUCUGGAGCCAUCCUCUCCUACAUCAUGUGUGUGGUAAGUUCACAGUCUCAAACCCACAAGCUCUAA